GAAAAUCCUUGCCGUUUUUUGUUGUGGCCACGUUUCCGUGGCAACCGCACGUGAAAUCGGCCGCCUUCUCCGGACGGUAACAUAGCUCUGUUUGUGAAUCAAAGUGAAUGGAAAAAAUGUUCUUAUUUGUGCAUUUAAAGGAGUGAAAUAUAUUUUAUUCGUAUCAAAAGUGGUUUGCGCGAAAUUACACAAGCGAUUUGGUUCACUUUCAAACUGAACUCUGAAUUGAAGAAAACGAACGUUAGUGUUUGAAUUUCAAGAUAAGAUGACAUUCGGGGCCCGGGCUCUUGCUCACAACAAAGCCGGCCGCGAUAAAUCAGCUGUUCGGUCCUCCGUCCGCCGUGAUCUUCGUCUCCCGGGAUUCCGUGUUUUGUGCGUGCGUCGUGAGUGUUGGCAACACGUGUUUAGUUUAAAGUGCAGGUGAAUGUGCAGUUAAGCAAGUGAUUUCCGUUUCUGCAGAAGUUCCAUUUCCCGGUGCAGUCCCAAAAUCAACGCUCAUUGGUGUCGAUAACAAAAGUUUCGAAAAUGUUGCGAUUGUCAUCAAUCAUUCGACAAUCAGUGCGAUGCGUCGAUUCCCUGCUGGGUGUGCGGUCAAUCAGCACAUUCCUGAUUGACAUUUCUUCGGAAGUGCAGAAUGCAUUAAAGUUCACACCACAUCGUGUGGUAGCCCUUGAAUCCACCAUCAUAACUCACGGUAUGCCGUAUCCACAAAAUCUAGAUACUGCCCUUGCCGUAGAAGAUAUCGUCCGCCAAGAGGGAGCAAUACCGGCCACCAUUGCUAUUAUGGAUGGCAGAAUAAAAGUAGGCCUUGGUGCAGAUCAACUCCACUCAUUAGCCAAGGCUGAUCGGGAUGAAACGAUCAAAACUUCUCGUCGGGACAUGGCCUAUGUUGUAGCAUCCGGUCGGCAGGGUGGAACGACGGUAGCGGGUACCUUGCUUAUAGCCAACUCUGUCGGCAUACGCAUAUUUGCAACCGGUGGUAUCGGUGGCGUACACCGUGACGUCGCGGAAACUAUGGAUAUAUCGGCCGAUCUGAUCGAGCUAGGUCGAUGCCCAGUGACAGUAGUUUGUAGUGGCGUCAAAUCCAUUUUAGACAUACCGAGAACGCUGGAAUAUUUGGAAACGAAUGGUGUGUUCGUGAGCACUUUCGGAUGCGAAAACCACGAGUUUCCAGCAUUCUACACGCGAUCCAGUGGCUCGAAGGCACCGUACAAUUUUAACGAUGCCAUAGAGGCAGCCAAAGUGCUACACGUAAAUCGUGAACUUGGGCUCCUUUCGGGCAUGCUCAUUGGUGUGCCAAUACCGGAACAAUGCGCAUUGAAUCGUAGCGAAAUGGAUGCUGCUAUCAAGCAAGCACUUCAGAAAAGUAAACAAAAUGGUAUUCAUGGGAAGGAGGCAACACCUUUCAUACUGGCAGCGGUAUCACAACUGACGAAAGGGAAAAGUCUCGAGGCUAAUAUGGCUUUGAUAAAAAACAAUGCUCGAGUGGCGGCAAAAAUUGCGGUGGAACUUGAUCGGCUUCAGUUCCACCAGCAUGAUUCAGGAUCGGGCAACAACACAAACCAGGCUUCAGAAACUGAAAACAUCAAUCGUACUCCGCUAUGCAUCGGCGGUUCGGUGAUCGACAUUUCCUUGACUGUCUUGGAAGAUAGCUUUGAGCUAAAUGGCGGUACAUAUCAUGCAGAACAGUACUCAUCGGCCGGGGGUGUUGCACGAAAUAUUGCCGAAGCGAUCUACAAGAUGUAUGGCAACGUUCAUCUGAUUACAGCUGUAGGCAAUGAUCGGAACGGAGAGUACAUCCGGCAGCUGCUGCCGGAGCAAUGCGAUUCUUCAAUAAUCAAAACGAACGACUAUGCCACAUGCAAUUUCUCCUUGCUGCAUGAUCGGCAAGGGGACUGUCGGAUUAUUGUUGGAGACAUGAACGCCAUUCAGGCGAUUGAUCCGGAAUGGAUAAAAAAGAAUGUUCAUCUGCUUCAACAAUCCCCACUCACGAUUAUAGAUGCCAAUAUCAGUGAAGCAGUUAUGCAAACCAUUUUCCGCGAGUGCCUACGCUACAACCGACCAGGUAAGUUAAAUAACAGACAGGAUAGCCCCAUCUUCCAUUAA